AUGUUUAGAGAUACUCAAGAAGACUACCUCAGAUACCUUCUCUUUGAUGAUUAGGAUGAUGAUUUUAACUUUUUCAACAGCGGCAUGAGCCAAAACCAGCCUAACAAUAAUAAUAUGGACUAAAACAUGCUAUAUAAUCAAAAUGAUUAGAUUUUGGAAACCGAAAAUAAUCCUUUUUCAACGAAUAGUGUGUACAACAAUCACAAAAUCAAUGAGUAUGAGAAGCAAUAAGAAGAAAUCAAUUAACAUUUGACUGAAAUGACAUUAAAUAGCAACAAUAUCAAUGAUCCUAGAUUUUAAAAUACCAAUAUACCUGUUGGUGACAAUUAUCGUAAUGGUUAUCCUCUUAACAACAACAACAGCAACUAAAGUAAUAUUGAAAAUGCUGCUGCCAAAUAUAAUGGUUUGAGUUAUGAUAUUAGAGAUGGUCAAGAAAACUCUAGAUAUAUUGAUUAUGGAAAUUAAGUUAACAAUGGGGUUGAUUACUAUCCUAAAUAAGCUGAAAACGGAAUUAGUGAAAAUAAUAAUAAUCCAUUAAACUAGUCUUUAUAUAUGCAAUAAACCCAUUUAAAUGGUAAUUAGUACAACAACUAUCCAGCAGAUAUCAAUAUCAACAAAGGAUAAGGCUUAAGUUAUGAUAAUCGUAUUGGGUCUCCUGUUCCUUAAUAAAGUAACCCUUAUUACUAAUAGUCUCCUCAGUAAACUUUGUAACAACCAAACCAGCAAUAUGAUAUAAUUUCUUCACCAAGCUAAUAGCCUGCAAAUCCUUAUAAUGAAGAAUAUCAAAACAGCAAUUACUACCCAAACGAAUAGAUACCAAGAGAAAAUAGAAAUUAUUUUAAUUUGACAAAUCAAGAACAAAAUAACAACCGCUACUAUGGAAAACAUGAACAAGUUGCAGCUGCUGAUUCUAAUCAAUAUGAAUAGGGAUUAUAUAAUUAAAAUAACAAUUAUUAAUAAUAGGGUAAUUAUACUAACUAGAAUAAUAUAAACAUGAAUGGUGCUCAAGAAUAUUACUCUAAUUAAAAUAGACAAUAUUCUUAGAAUUAAGAUUUGAAUAAGUAAUAAACUGAAUAGUUUUACGCACCUUAACAGAAUUAAAAUAUGUACAGAAAUUCAUACAAUGAAUAAAUUUCUAAUGGUUAACCAAUAUAUAAUAAUCAGUUAUAACAACCAUACUACGAUAAUUACAAAGUCCAAGAUAUCUCAGUUUAAUAAUAACAGAGUUAGGCAACAGUUAUUGGCCAAGUCCCUAUCCUUAAAGAAAUGAGAAUGAGCAAGCGCAAAAGCACAUCUAAGUAAUCAAAUGGAAGCUAGUUAUCAAAGAAAUCCUCAGUAAAAGAAGCUCAACAGUAAAAAUAUGAAAAAAAAUAUCAAAAAGCUUAAUAAUCCUAGAAGCUUUAGCAAUAAAUUAUUAAUUCUAUAAAUUAAAAAAAUUAAUUGUCAUCUUCUGCUACAACUCUUCAAUAUAAUGGAUAAGGAGCUAAUGUAGAUAGUAUUAACGCUUCUCAAUAUAGCAGUACUGAUAAUAAUGUGCCAACUGAAGCAGUAAGUAGCAACAGCACAGCUUAUACAACGGUUUAGUUUAAUAAUAGCAAUUCAAACCAAAUUAACAAUGUUUUAACCAAUCAGAAUUCUUAUUAAUCUGCUUACUACAACGAAGCUUAUAAUGAGCAAUCUCAUCCCCAUCACCAUCAUUGCUGCCAUGAAGAAGACGAUAGCGAUAGUGAAGACAGCAUUUAAAACGAAGAAAUGGAUUAACAUGAGCAUAACCAUUUAUUACACAGUGGAAUCUAAAACUCAUCUUAGCUUAAUGAUAGCAAUAGCAAUGAUGAAGGUAAAAAUAAAUGCGAUUUAUCUUGCGAUCAAGAAGGCGAUUCUGAAAAGAAUUCCAAGGCUGAUGAAAUUGCAAUUCUAGCUGAGUCUAUUAAGCAUUGCAACAAAAAGAAUGUUGUCAAAAAUAUAAUGAGUGCAUUCUUGACAUUUAUGAAUGACCGUAAAAAUAAGAUUUACACCAAAUAAGAAUAAGAAACUAUACCUACUCUGUAUUACUCUCAAGGAAAAGAAGAGGGUUCAACAGAAGAUGAAGACUAAAUAGAAGAAAUUCGCAAAAAAUUCAAGCGUUACAUAAGCUAGAAAAGCUUAAACCAUUACACUGUCCGCUUGCUCAUCCUACAUCCUAACUAUGGACCAAUAUUCAAACACUACUUAACAAACCCAAUUAAAAAGUGGAUCAAUAACUCUAAAGUAGCUGAUCUUGGUGCUCACAUUAAAAUGAUUGGUUUCUUCCUUGCAUGCUUCUAAGAUAAUCGUGUGCUUGAAGAAUUGAAAAGACACGAAAAGAAGAGAGCUCACUUCUCAUGA